CUCAGGGCGGCGCAUGACCCAUCUUCAUGCAAGGACUGAGUCGGUUGCGCACACUCUUGCGUGCGCGGGCAGGCAAAGCCUUUCACUGCGCUCAGGGCGGAGCGAAUGACUGCCGCAUCACCCCUCCACCGCUUCUUCGUCCCACAUGCUUCAUCUCCGACAGCUGCUGAGCGUUGUGUCCCCGCAUUAUGCGUCAUGGAUGCCCAAUCAAUCUUGCGUCGGGCGUCUCAUUGGCUUGUUCGCCUAAAGACUUUGCAUACCGAUGAAAAUUCAUUCACCCUGCACAUCGCUGUCCGCCACAAAGUAAGAACAACGUGUGCGAGGUAUGGCACACGAAGCUGGCAUGCCACAGCGCCAACACGGUCCAAUCAGUGGCGGCCUUGCCAUCGUACUUCCGCCUCGGUGCUCGAGGACGAGAGAUAUCGCCAAGGCCUUCCAUACCUUCCAUCGAUUCGAGCGCUCGUUACGCAAAAACUCAUUGGCUUCCUAUUGAUGUGCAGGCCUCGGAGCACCUUCUGUAAACUAUCCGCCUCAUGUCUGCAUAUACCACAUGUUCGCCUUCAGGCCCAACUUUGUAAACCUUCUACAUAUCGUGUAUGCCAUUUGCUUCGUAUGUGUCCAAUGUGAACUCGCUUUGGACACGAAGCUUCUCAGCGUCACCGGAG